CUAUAACAAACGGGAAAUAAGCGAGGGGAUUUUUUACUGGCGGUCUUGUGAAGUUCAUACGUAUAGCCAGAGAACAUUUUGAAAAAUGAUGAAAAUGGUGAAAUAUCGUAGAAAAAUAUCGUGACAAAGGACAUGGAGUUGGGUGGUGAAGGUGGAGAAAUUCUCAACAAAAAGUGCAAUAAGAGUAAUAAAAGUAUUAAUCAUGUUGAAGAUAUUCAGCAAGAUGCACAAGAGAAGGGGGAGAAGGACAACAAGUCCAAAUUGUUUGACACUUUCGACUGGGAGACAAUGUCCGUGUCGGAACAAGGUGAUCUAGACUUUACCUUGUUUAUGUCGACACCCACCACGCCUUUUUCCGUGUCGUCUUAUUCGCCACGGCCAAGUGUCAAAAAAACAUACAACGGUCUUCUCUCCCCUCCAGAUUUCUCAGCCUAUCUCAACACCAACAAUAAUGUUCCUCCACAAGUUGUGAAACCCGUCGUAAUUUCAGAAACGGUUCACACCCACAGUAUUGCCGACUUUGUAGCUUGUGGACCCACGGCUAGGCCACCAAGAAAAAAUAGAAGUCGUAGCAAGCAACUGUUGGCUCAAAAUGUGUCGUCACGGCGUUUGAGAACAUUUCAAGCUCGACUCGAAAGGUUUCGACCCUGUCUCAAGGGCCAAAUUGCAUCUUUGCAGGAAUGGAACCAAGUCAAACUGGUUGAAGAUAUUUAUAGCAUUUCGUCCAUGGGAUUAAAUACGAGCCAGUCAGACGACACCGCAGGUGACGCUGUUGAGAUUGAAUAUGACCAAAUCCAGGGCGUCGGUUUCAGGAGAUUUGAAGAAUCCAUAGUUAUUAUUGGCUACAUCUUCAAAGUGACACCAGCGUCUCUCACCACAAAGGAGAAACUUUGUGCAGAGAUUGGAGUUUACAACAUUCCCUUGAAGCCAGUAAUUGAGCCGUGUCUGUUUCUGGAAGAUGCGACAGCUAAAAUUCGUCUACGUCUGACUCGGCAAACCGACAGGAAAAGAUUCACAUUGUCUCAGAUUGUUUCCGGCAUUCCAGUUGCCAUCAAGGGGAUUUGUGCUGAGGGAAUGUUAUGGGUCGAAGAUGUCCUGUUUGUGACACAUCCAUCACCACCCAUCCCAUUGUCUUGUAUUACGAACGAAGUAGAUAUGGUGUGGUCGAAAUAUAUUUACGUAUUCGUGUCUGGUAUAAACAUUGGGAUGCGUUAUACUAAUUGGGCAGCACUUGACUCACUUUUUGACUAUCUGCAAGGAUUAUCUGGUUCGGAACUAGAACAUGAAUCCAUCUUGAGGAGAAGCACUAGAGUGUUCUUUAUUGGAAAUUCUUUUCCAAAAAGGAAGAGAUGGGAUCCUGAUCGUCGAGAGGAAAUGACUGCAGCAAAUUGUAGCAUUGCUGAUAAAUUAGAUUACUAUUUGACAGGUUUAACAAAUACAACGGAAGUAUUCAUUGUUCCAGGGGAAAAUGAUCCAACACACAAAAUGACAUUACCUCAGCCUCCUCUACACAAGCAAUUGUUUCCUAACGCCAUGCAACGCGCAACGUUCCGAUGCUUAACAAACCCGGCUAAAGUUUAUUUAGGAAUAUCUGACACCAGCGGAAAAAGUGAACAUCAUUUUGAUGAAAAUAUAAUGAAUUUAGUGCUGAGUAGUGGACUCAAUGUGAAGGAAACGAUGAACAAUUGUGAAAUCAGUUGUCCUUUGGAGAUGUGUGUACAUUUAUUAAAAUGGUCUCAUCUUUAUCCUGCGUCCACUGAUGAUGGAGAGAUUGCAGAGGAACUAUUUUCUUUGUCACAAUUGCCUCACUUAUUUGUAGUUGGAGGCUUAUCUUGUUUUAAGGUUAAAAAAUGGAAUGGUGUCAAAAUUGUUAGUGUUCCUCCGUUUUGGUCCACAGGGACAGUUAUCACAAUGCACAAAAAUGGUGCCAUCACUCCAAUUCACUUUAAGGUUUCGUGAGUCGUGCGUUACGUAAUCUAAUUUAGUAUUAAAGGUUGUAAGAACUAUUCUGGUCAUCAUACAGCUAUCAUGAAAUUUUUACAAGAAUAUAAUGAAUGAAUCGUCCAUUUAAAAAUAUUA